CAGUUUUGAAAAGGCUAAAAAUGUUGUAUGAUACAGAUUCUGACGAGGAUAAUUUGAUUAACCUUGAUUUAGAUGAAAUACAAUCGAGAGCAAGUUUGAACAGGAAAUGUGAAGGUAUUAAAAGCGAAGAAGUUAAAUUUGAUAUUCCUCAAAAGUAUUUGAAAUGUUUAGAGCAAGAUUUUGGACAUACGUCGUUUCGCUCUAUCCAGUGGACAAUAAUUCGUUCAAUAUUAGAAGACAAUCGGGACAAUUGUGCAGUGAUGGCUACAGGUUAUGGCAAAUCGUUAACCUAUCAAUUUCCCGCAAUAUUUUUAAAGAAAGUAGCCAUAGUUGUAUCACCCCUCAUAUCUCUAAUGGAAGAUCAAGUAACAGCCUUAAACUUAACACGGGAAAGGGCAUGUCUUCUGGGUUCGGCUCAAAAAGAUCGUAACGUAGAACAACGUAUAUUGGAUUCAGAAUACAAUCUAGUGUAUGCCACUCCCGAAUAUAUUACAGCAGAUUGUGGUCUAAAAUUACUUCAAAAUCUUGGAAAUAAUUUAAUUUUAUUGGCUAUCGACGAAGCACAUUGCAUCUCUCAGUGGGGACAUGACUUUCGUUCUGCAUAUCGGAAACUAAAUAUAAUAAGGCGUGCCAUACCACAUUGUCCAAUUUUAGCAUUAACUGCAACUGCCACUUUGGAUGUACGCAAUGAUAUUUGCCGUCAGCUGGACUUAAGGAAUCCUCAAUUGAUAAAUUCAGGAUUUGACCGUGCUAAUUUGGAAUUUAUUGUACGUCAAAGAUCAUCACCGAAAGGCGGCCUUGGAGUUUGGCUUGAUUUAGGUACAUACAUUCGAUGGGCACUCAGCGCACAAGGAUCCAUUAUAGUCUAUUGUAAUACUUGUAGUUAUGCUGAAAGUGUGGCUAGUGAGAUCCAGAAACAUGUUCCAUGUCGUUAUUAUCAUGGAAAAUUGUCCUUAAAACUAAAACAAGUCUAUCAUCAUGAAUUCACCAGAGAUAUUGUUCGAGUUAUUGUAGCAACAAUGGCAUUUGGAAUGGGUAUUGAUAAACCGGAUGUACGACUAGUUAUUCACUAUGGUGCUCCCAAUGAUGUAGAGCGAUAUUAUCAAGAGGUGGGACGUGCAGGACGCGAUGGAUUGCAUUCAAAAUGUGUACUUUUUUAUAACUAUACAGACUGGGCAACACAUCAACGGAUACGCCACGAAUCUAACACAAAUUCAAAACAUUCGUUGCAUUUGGAAAGUUUGGCCAUGAAAAUGUCUACAUAUACACGUAUUACGUCGUGUCGUCGAAAAUAUAUUCUGGAAUAUUUUGAUGACGACGCAGCCAAAACAUUACAGACACGAAAAGAUUGUUGUGACAAUUGUUUUCUAAUAUCCAAUAAAGUUGAUUACCGAGACAUUUAUGAGGGGUUAGACAAUGAAGGCAACCUAAAUAUUACUGAUGAUGCUUUUAUAUUCCUAACUAUUCUUAGAGAUUUGAAGGGGCGCUUUGGUUUAGGAAAAAUUAUUAUGAUAUUACGAGGAUCAAAAAGACAAGAUUUGCCAAAGCAGUAUUAUACGCACUGUAUGUUUGGUAAAGGUUCGAAGAAAACUGAGGCUUGGUACAAAAUCCUAGCAGAAAAUUUACAGGAUCUGGGUUUCACUCAUACCAUAACCAAGCAAGGUGCCUUUGGUUCCUUUACGUUGUUAGAUAUAACUGACACUGGCAAUUAUUGGUUAGACACAGUACCUCAUAAGCGAGAACCAAUCAAAAUAAAACCCUACUCUGAUAUAUUAAAAUUUUUGCAACCGAAAAAAGUUAAAAUCACUCCUAUGGCUCAACAAAUUAACUCAAUCAAAAAUAUCCCAUUAAAAUCGGAAAAUAACGACAAAUUGAUGAAGGCUUUGAUAAAGUUACGUGGUGAGCUGGCUCACGAUUUAGAUGUCAUGCCGUAUAUGAUUGCUUCAAAUAUAGCAUUGAAUCAAAUAAUUGAAUCCAAACCUAAAAACCUUGAAGAGCUGAGAGCUUGUAAGCUUGAUGGUUUCUAUGAAGCCAAAUACCUCCGUUUUGGUAAUGAAUUUCUCAAAUGUAUUCACAAAACAACUAACUCCAGUCACGAAAGUGAACAGAAAAUAUCUAAAGCUGAAGAAACGGUAGUGUCGUCAGAUGGACUAUCAAACGACGAUCUGUGGGAAAAUGAAUCCAUUGAUGCAGAUUUAUCCCAGAUAGGCGAUGAGAUAGAAAAACAAUUACAAUCAUCAGGCACUAAAGAUAUUGAGGGUACUAAUUCCGAAUUAGAUUUGCUGUUGGCAGAUUUGCAGAAGAUAGAAAAUGAAAGUCAACCUGAAAAAUCGAAUUGUGAAUCUAUAGCUGCGAUUGCAAAACCCUCCGCUAUAAGUGCCACAUCAUUAAUAUUAAAACGUAAGCCCGUCUAUCAGUAUGAGGAUAGCUCCGAUGAAGAUGAUAAUAACAAUAACGAAAUAUUGAAUACAAAAGCACAUAAUACUAUUAAGCAAGAAACAUCAAAUACAUCCAAACCCAUUCAGAAACAUCGAGUUCUACCAGCGUGGAUGCAGACAAAACGAUAAGUUUGUUUGUUUUACUAAAUUAAUUCCAUUAUUCAUAGUAUAUAAAACUCUUAUUUUAAAAUUUGCCGUUUUUUUUGUUGUUCUUUACGAUUAAUGUAAUAGCAGAAAUCACUCUUCGUAGUAAAUUUCCGAGCAAAUAUCAACAUUUUUCGCUACAAAUCAUCAAUGUAUUUUUCAAUCAUGUAGAAAAAUUAAUGCCUCUGUUUAAUUAAUUUUUUUUUCUGUGUCUCAGAAUUCAAUUUUAUAACAUAUUUUUUAAUUUUAUUGCGAAAAACUCAUCAUGUUUGUCUUGCAUAUUUACAAGGCCUAUUCCCAACAGCGGAGUCCAGUAUUAAGGGGAAAUGGUUUGGCAUAAUUGCAAAAAUUUCAUAGCAACACAGUGCUCUUGCCUAUUUACAUCGGAGCAAUUCUGUUGUUUGUUAGCUGGAUGAGGAGAGAUCCAAACGGGAUAGAAAAGGUUGCUCGAUGUCACAUGGAUUGCGAUUGUAGGUCAAAUUGUUAUUAUUAACACUUACGAAGCUAAGAAAAAAAAAUAGAAAUAAAAUCGCUGCGAUUAAUCACCAAUAUAAAUAUGCUCUAACCAAAUUUAAACAAAAUCUAUACACUAUGUAUUUGAUAUGCUGCAAGACCAUUUGCACAUAAUACAGAAUUCCUCUUAUAUUUAGUAUAAAUCCCAUCUAACUGUAUCAUUACUGCUAGACUUGUUACAUUUGCAAGGAUAGUUUACUAUGAAAAGUGAAAUCCGUUAAUACAGUUUUAUAUGUUAUUACCUUUCGUUUUUGUAACAGUUAAAAUAUUCGUUCUAAAUUGAAAUAAAAAAUUUAAUUUAAAAAAAUUA